GGUGAAAAACCCCAAGCCCCGCCUCUGAGCCAAAGUGUACAACGAGUGCGUCACACACACGGUGUCGCGCAGUGUGUUUGUUUUUGCUGUCAUGGCCGCUGCACUGCUUAGGAGUAGCGCUCCAGGAGUGAGCUGAGGCCGGGCAGUUAGCAUGGCUACGGGCUUCGCCCAGCGUUCCUCCGGCAAUGGAAGAAGCCAAGCGGCUACUGUGGUGGAUGAAUUCACUGCACCCGGGGACAAGAAAAGCCUUUUGGAGAGGAGCCGCCCGAGGGUUCAGGCCUUGUUCCCUGUGCUGUUUACAGUGCUGGGAUCGUUAGAAACCUUCCAGCAGUCUGAUGUGAAAGAGGACGGGGAGAAGCCGGGUCGGAUAUGGCUGCGGCUGAAGGGAGAGAAGCAAGCUGUGUACAGAGCCAAGGAAUAUGUGAAAGGCAUCUGUGAGCCAGAAAUGGAGGAAAAGCAGAGUUAUCCCAAGGAAAUGCACUGCAUCUUUGCAGGGGCCCAGGGAUCAUUUCUCAAUCAUCUAAUUCAGGACACUUGUUCAAAUGUGUCUCUAUUCGACAUAGGGGUCCUCAGCAUUAAUGGAGGAACUGAACCAGUAGUAAUGGCACAGAGUCAUGUUCAGCAGUUCAUUAAGCUUUUUAAAGAUAAUGUAAGUUUACCCAAUCCCAAAGAACUUGCAGUGAAAAAAAAGUUUAAAUUGUAUGUUGAAAAACAUGCUGAUAAGUAUACUGUUGACUUAUUGCUUUUGCCAAGUGCACUAAAAAGCGAACUCUUAAGUCUUGCAUACGAUAACCAACUUUCAGGUGAGGAUUGCUCAAGUCAGAGUUCAGAUGACAAAGUUGAAAGCCAAGUAAAGCAGAAAGACGAAGUGUCUAGAAAUGGCGCAGGCACUCCAGUAACAGAACUAACAAGUCAGCUGGAUUCUGUGUUUUCAAGUGUUGCAGAAGAUGGUCCAUGCUUCAUGGAAAGGCCGUAUUCUGAACAAGACCGGUUGUCCGUUAAAAGGCGCAGCUCAGAAGUGGAGGAAAGAUUCUCCAAAAAGCCAUUUUCUUUAGAGGCUGUUCAAGAAGAUGGCCCUGUUAACCGAAAUGCUGACACAAACAAUGUUCCCAUUAUUGACUUGAUCUCAGAACCUAGUGACUUUGAGGAUUCAGUGAUACUUGUGGAAGCUGAUGACUGUGUGAGUUCAGAAACAGAGUAUAAAAUACUUGUUAACUUCUUUAAAACUAUGGGGUAUUCUCAGAAUGUAGUUGAGAAGGUAAUUGGAGAUCUUGGCCAAUCGGAGGAACCAUUAAAACUUCUAGAAGAAAUAGAAAAGCAGAGCAAAAAAGAGCUGCCUGUACCCCACAGCCAUCCCAGCCGUAAUAGUACAGAGUUGCUGAUGGCCAGAGGUACAUCAAGUCCACCUAAAUGUAAAAUUGCCAUCUCCAAGACUAUACAACAAUCUGCUGCAACAUCAAAAACACAAUAUAAAGCUCCACUUGUCGCAGACAAAGCAGGAACCUCCAACUCUUCUUAUGACAAAUCUCAGACAAAAGCAACUGUGGAAAACACUAUACCUCAAGAUCAGAGAACUACUAUGACACCAGCUGAAAGACCCUUUCAUAAUAACUCUGAUCCUCCUUUAACCGGAGUCCAGAUAUUCCAAAACUCUUUAAAAGUUCCAUAUCGAUUAGAACUGAAAAAUGAGCCUGGAAAAUGGGACUUGAAACACAUUAUCAUAGAUGGAAGCAAUGUUGCGAUGAGUCAUGGAUUGCAACAAUUCUUUUCUUGUCGGGGAAUAGCCUUAGCUGUUGAAUACUUUUGGAAGAAGGGUCACAGGAAUAUUACAGUUUUUGUUCCUCAGUGGAGAACAAAACGUGAUCCUUAUAUCACAGAACAGCACUUCCUACAGCAACUGCAGGAACUGGGAAUUCUUUCAUUUACUCCCUCCAGGACAGUGCUGGGAGCUCGAAUUGCUUCACAUGAUGACAGGUUUCUUUUGCAUCUUGCUGAGAGGACUGCAGGCAUAAUCGUAACAAAUGAUAACUUCAGAGAAUUUGUGGUCGAAUCACCUAUGUGGAGGGAAAUUAUCAAAGAAAGGUUGUUACAGUACACUUUUGUUGGGGACAUUUUUAUGCUACCUGAUGAUCCUUUAGGAAGAUAUGGACCCAAACUGGAUGAUUUCCUUAGCAAGCAGCCAAGCAACCGAACCAUCCACAGCAGUUCCCCCUCCAGCAAUGCCGUGUUCAUUCCUAUGGAUCAUUUUGCUCCUCCAAGAGCGAUGGCACCAAAAAUUGGACUCAAUCAGCCCAUGGCACAUAGAAUUGGACUCAAUCAGCCCAUGGCACAUAGAAUUGGCCUCAAUCAGCCCAUGGCACCAAGAAUUGGACUCCGUCAGCCCAUGGCACCCCCAAUUGGACUCAGUCAACCCAUGGCACCAACAAUCAGACUCAAUCAGCCCAUAUCAACAAAAACCAGACUCAAUCAGCCCAUGGAAGCAAAAACCGGAGUUAAUGAGUCCAGUUUUUUUCACCGGAUUAAACCUCAAGAACCUUUUCGGCCAGGUCUGCACAAUAUUGCCCAGCCUCAUCCCAUCAUGCCUCUACAGAGAGGUCUGUCUGAGACCAUGGAAUUAAAAGAAGCCCUUUUGAGAAUAUUUCCAGAGACAGACCAGAGGCAUAAAAUAAAUGAGAUCUUAUCAGCCCACCCAUAUAUGAGGGACCUUAAUGCACUGUCAGCAAUGGUGCUCGAUUAAAGAACAAGGAACACCAGCUGUGAAAGUUACUGAAGGAAAUGUUAUUUUGCUUUGGAAAUGUGGCCUCAGGGAUCAAAUCUUAUUAUACACACAAUCUGUAAAGCCAAAACCUCUCUGUAACACUAGUCAUGAUGAACAUGUGCUGGGAAUAUUGUGCAAGUCUGUAUUCCAGGCUUUUAAACUGGAAAUGUCGAGUUUGUGCUGUAGACUAUGGCGUUUGUUGUUGAAAUUCCUUUUUAGCCAGGAUUUUUUGGUUGCUCUUAAACCGUGAUUAUUUGUCUUUAUAUACGUUUAUAUAAAGAAAUAAGUUGUGAUUUUGCCAUGCAAAACAUCUUGCUAUGUAGGAUUUUCUAGUUCAUACUUAUAUAUUUGUACAGGCAAAAAAACAAAAAACAGUUUGUCUCAACAGUGGGUAGAUCUGCAACUGCCAGUAACCAUAGCAACCAAUUGGGUUUGCUCUACGUGCAGCUUGCUGCAAAAAAUUCAUGAAUGAUUGGUUGCUAUGGGUUACCAUCCAGGUGCAACAGUGCCCAGUGCAGGUAAACAAGCCCAAAGUAUAUUUGCAUAUGUUUUGUUUGACCUACAAGAAUGUCACUUUUAUUUUGUGUCUAUUUUUAAGCAUCUUGCACAGUUUCUGAAUACAGAAACAGUCCCCGGGACUUUAAAAUCUA